AUGACGUUGACUGUUCACAAAAAACCAAUAGAAUUCAGCGCAAAAACACUGAACACAUUACUGGAAAAGUACAAGGCGUACGCCGAUGAAGUAAGUCCCACAGGCGACGACCGUGCACAAAAUGAUGAGUACUCCACUGCGUCACUCGUCGACAAACUAGAAAAAGAAUUCCACGAAGCGAGAACUAAAGGAGACAAGAAAGAUCUCUUGAACGACAUAAAAGAAAUAGACUGA